UCACUUUCCUACUCCUGUCCCCCACGGCUGGUGUGGGGUGUGCCUUUGUCCGCCAAGCUGCCCACACCCCACGCCCUUCCUUCCUCCCCCACCCCCAAAGCAGAUCGGGGACGGGGGACAGGGACGAGGCCUUUGCAUGGCGCAAGAGUCCUGGGAGAAAACAGUGACUAGAGACGGGAAGGGCAGAGCUGGGGGGACAGGCCAGGAUUUAUGUCUCCGGUCUCCUUUGACCCACACAGCUGCCUCUCAGCACGUGGAGUUUUCCACACCACGGGGGGCCCCCCCAUUCAAUUUCCUCCAAAACCUCCGCCCUUCCCUCUCUUUGUCCUCCUGCCAUUCCCCUCCCCAUCCUCCUUAGGGGAUGGGCCACUGCCCAGGGGCAGGCAUGGGGAUUUGGCACGGAGACGUCAGAGUUCUUGAGAAAAGUUACAAACUCAGGACAUCCCGGUUGUCGGCUCAGAGAUGGGAAGGUCGGAACCCAGUCCCCACCCAGCCUGCUUUGCCCCACACCCGCGCGGUGCCAGGCUCAGCAUGGGCCUGUCUUGCUUCACUGCAUACCUCUCGUUCCACAGCCCAGCCAGCCUGGUUGGGGGGACUGGGGAGGCGGCACCUGAGGGGAGCGCACGGGAGCCUGAUACCGUGGGGGGGGCAGAGGGGGGAUCCACUCUGGCUCAGCCAUGUCCUGGGUGACUGCCUGGGGGUAGCAUCCGGCCCCUGAGCCCCGGAGACUGAGCCCCUGUGGCAUUUGCAGGAGGAGAACCCGAGCCGUCCUGGCCGAGGCCUAGGAGCAGGAAAUGCGCCAGGACAGGUGCUCAGCAGGUGUUCAGCGUCGGCCUGGGCUGGGGACCCGGAGGUUUCUAAUCCAUCAUAAUUAGUAGAGCUGGUGACAGUUCUGAUAACUGAGCUGCUUAGAUUAGUGACGGGAUCACUUUCUGGGCCUGCGAUUUAUCCCCCUCCGCGGCCCAUGGCAGCAAGAUCAAGCUUGGUGCCGAGAGUCAGAAGAUCAACCCACAAGGGGGAGAUUUAAGUUCAGGAAGUUUUAGUUUGGAGGAAAGCAGCCCACUGGCGGCCUCACCCCAGCCUGCGCUACCCAGACCUGCGGGGGUACCAAGGAGGGAGCAGUUCACACUUUCGGGGAGCUUCUGAUCUGGGGUCACAGGUGAGGAAGCUAGUUCUAGUUCACAGAAGCAGAAGCAAGCUCGCGGGGCUCUGGGAAACGCUGGGUCUGGUUUGACUCUGGGUUGGCUGGACUCCAGAGCGGUGGGUAUACCCUGUUCCCUUAUGCAGCCUUAACCUACCUUGGAAGAUUGGGCCCAAAUGCUAGGUCUUUUGCGUCUCCUAAAUUGUUCUCACCAACAUCCAGGAGAGUGGCUCUGUGCCCCGGAUCCUGCCACACCAAAGGUAUGUCUGGGAGCACACACUGUCUCUCGGUCAUCUUCUCUGUCCUCAUCUCUCUUUGUCCAUUCUCUGGCCCCCCGAUGAAGGCUGAGUCAGAGACGCUUCCCCUCGGCUCCCACCGCCUCCCGUGGGGGCCCCUCCUUGACUGUAUCCGUUUGUUCCGUCACUCCCAUAAGUCCUCUCCGCCCCCCUCCUGGGGCGGGGAGCCCGGAGGUUGGGGGAGGGGGUGGACUUUUGGCCCGUUUCUUUUAUUCCCUCCAUCUCUUCGUCAACAGCCUGGUGCUGGAGGCUCAUUCCUCUGCCCAGACCUUCCAGGAAGCAGAGACCCGGAGAGAGGGCCGGGGACGGAAACCGGGGGACAGACCUGAGGCCCAGACUGCGGCCGACCUCCCUUUCUCUCGCCCCAGCCUGCCUUAGCGCCCCACCGUAGCCGAAGCCCCUCAAAGUCUCGCGGGGCUCAGCCCCUCCCCUUCUCUGGGGCCCCCGGCGCCCCUCAGGGCCCUGCGUCCCACCAUGUCGCUGGCCGUGGAGAUCUUCGGCUUCUUCAUGGGAGCCCUGGGGCUGCUGAUGCUGGGGGUGACCCUGUCACACAGCUCCUGGCGCGUGUCCACCGUGCACGGGAACGUCAUCACCACCAACACCAUCUUCGAGAACCUCUGGUUCAGCUGUGCCACCGACUCCAUGGGAGUCUACAACUGCCGGGAGUUUCCGUCCUUGCUGGCCCUCUCCGGCAUAGUGGGGCUGCGCUGCAUAAACAUUGGGAGUGUGGAGCUCUCCAGGAAGGCCAAGCUGGCGGCCACUGCAGGGGCCCUGCACAUACUGGCUGGUCUCUGUGGGAUGGUGGCCAUCUCCUGGUAUGCCUUCAACAUCACCCAGGAAUUCUUUGACCCCUUGUAUCCUGGGACCAAGUACGAGCUGGGCCCCGCCCUCUACCUGGGCUGGAGCGCCUCCCUGCUCGCCAUCCUGGGGGGCUUCUGCCUCGGCUCCGGCUGCUGCCGCGCUCCUGAUGCGGACCGGGCCCCCAGGCUCCCCUACAAGGCCUCCGCUGUGCGGUCCCCUGUCCUCACUGACGGCCUGUGCUCCGCGGCCUCGGACGAAGGGGACAGCACCUUUGGCAAAUACGGGAAGAACGCCUACGUGUAGGACGCAAAUGGACCCCAUUCCCCUCCCAAUGCCCCAGCGGAGAAAGGCCCCUUGAACCUCGGGCGGCAGGCGGUGCCCCGACUCCACCCCAAGGCCAGAAGCCACGCCCAGCUCUGACCGAGCCUCCGGCCCCGCCUCCCACCCCGGCCACGCCUCCUUCAUCCGGCCAGGAACCUGCCUCCUUAGAACUCACCUCGGACUCCUGGGGCAGGACCUUCUGGGUCUGGGCGCUGGUUGGUUAAGGGGGUGGAGGCUUCCCCUGCCGUUUGUAUUGUGUAUAAAUACAUGCAUGAAUAAAUUUGUACUGUGAACUCUUCA